CCCUACCCCUAAGCCCUCAUUUCUGCUCUUGGAAGUCAACGCCUAUCCCUUCCAUCAGGAAUUGUUCCUAUCAUGGUCGACACGAGAGGUACAGGCCCGUCUCUCGACGAGGCGGCCUCGUCCGAGUUGCCUGUUCCCUCCGUGACCGAUUCCGCCGCUCAUGUUUCCCCCAAAAUGUCUCACCCUCUCGAGGAAGAUGACGGUUCCCUCUCGCCGCCAGCUUCUAAGAAACGCCGUCUCGAAUCCGAGCCAGCUGACCUUUCACUACCACCUCCACCGACCGCAUUAACUGCAGACCAAGUCCCGGGAAAUCAGAUUGAAGAAGAAUUGGCAUCUGCACUAGGCUCUGGUGUUGUCGACCCUGUGGACCACCCCGUGGACCGUCCUCUAGACACGCCCGCUCCCAUCGAAGGAUCUGCAGAAAGCGCGGUGCCCCAACCAGAAAGCAGUGCUGAUAUUGAUUCGGACAUGGCUACUGUGAUCUCAAGCAUCAUGAAUCACGCAGAGCGAGUGGAGGAGCAGUGUGUGUUAGGCCAGCAGCAACUGGCGGAGACGUCCAGCGCGUCGCCUCCGAAGGGUAUGGUGUUCGUCAAAGCCAACUCGCACCUGAAGAUCCAGAGUUUGCCCAUUCUUGACAAUUUGUCAACCCAGAUUCUGUCGCUGCUAGCCAAGUCCUCGUAUCAGGAAAUCACCUCCUUCGUUUCCGAACCCGAGACCGAGAGUGGCCAGGCCUAUGCCACCAUGCGAUCGCUGUUUGAUCAUACGAAAAAAGUUUACUCGAGCAAAAAGUCAUUUCUUUCGCCUACAGAGCUGGAGCUCACCGAAUCCUCCCAGAUCGAUAUUAUUCGCAAAGCCAAUCUAGCCUCCUUUGUUUCCAGUAUUUUUGGCACGCAGGAGAUUGGUUUCUCGGAAUUGAACGAUAAUUUCCUCGAUGUGUUUGUUCCCGAAGGUGGUCGUCUACUCAAGGUGCAGGGUGCCUUGUUCCUGGAACUCAAGACCCAGGCGUUCAUCGCAUCGAUGAAUAAUUCGGAAAGAACCCGAACUGAGCUCCUUUACGACCUGUUUCCCGAUGAGCUGGAGCAACAGCUGCUUGAUCGGCGUCCAGGGACUCGUCAGCUGGCUCCCAGUGAAGCGGACUUUGUCAAGCGGGCCGGUUCGCGCCGUGACAUUCUGCUGAGCGACGUCAACAACGAGGAAGCCAUGAAGGCCUUGCCGGAUAAGUACCACUGGGAGGAUUUCCUUCGGGACCUGAGCUCCUACAUCACCAAGAACUUUGAUACCAUCAGCAACCAACAGACCGCCAAGGGUCGACAACCAUCCUCAUCCGACGGGGACUCACAACCGUCCAAUGCUCCCUUGCAGGGCCAGUUCCCGGUUUCAACCCAGCCACCUGAUGUUCCCGUUGAUAGAAACAUGCACGGCGACUUGGUUGCGCGUGCGGCUCGUGCGGCGCAAAUUGCUCUGCAAGGCCACGGCUUGAGACGUUCCCAGCAGCAGCAGGCCCAACAGAACCAGCAGCAGCAACCGUCGCAGCAGCAACCACAGCAGCACCAACAACAGCAUCAGAUGCAUCAACCCCAGCAACUUCAGCAGCAACCCCCUCAACAUGCGCCGCAGCAGGGGGGUCAGAUCCUGCAUGGCUAUUCUGCUGCCCAGCCCACGGGUCAGAUGCAGCAUCAACAGACUCAUCAGCAGCCGUAUCACCAUAGUCCCGCUCCAUCUGGCUAUCAGCAACCGCCCGGCCAACUAACCUUCCAGCAAAGCCCUCUCCAGGCGAACUUUCAGCAAUACAACCAUGUGACGCCUGCUUCGAUUCCGCGACCAAACUCAGCCGCAGCCAACCAUGGCUAUAUGCCGGGGAUACCACACUACUCGCAGUCGCAGCCGACUCAGGUCCUCUACGAGCGCGCGCGCAUGGCGGCAUCUGCCAAGUCGUCGCCUAGCAGCCGCAAGUCUGGGUUGCCCAGCCAGCGUCGGCCGUGGACGACGGAGGAGGAGAACGCAUUGAUGGCCGGGCUGGACCGGGUUAAGGGCCCGCACUGGAGUCAGAUACUUGCCAUGUUUGGCCCGGGAGGCACCAUCAGCGAAGCGCUGAAGGACCGCAACCAGGUUCAACUGAAGGACAAGGCGCGAAACCUGAAGCUGUUCUUCCUCAAGAGUGGCAUUGAAGUGCCGUAUUACCUGAAGUUUGUGACGGGAGAGCUAAAGACGCGUGCGCCCGCGCAGGCAGCCAAACGCGAGGCCCGCGAACGGCAGAAGAAGCAGGGCGAAGAGGACAAGGCGCAUGUCGAAGGCAUCAAGGGCAUGAUGGCGCUUGCCGGUGCGCAUGCGCAGCCUGUUGGACUGGCACAUGGCCACGAUAUGUCGGCGUCGCCAAUGCCACCGGAUGCUGGAGCGCAUGCGGCGUUUGACCAGACAGCCGAGCAGAACCUGAUGCAGACGCUGGGCCAGGAGGUACAUGGUGAAGCUUUUGGACAGCAUCACCACCAUCAUCACCAUCACCAGCAUCAUCCGCAUCAUACCCACCAUCAAGACCAUGUUGAUCCCAACAUGCAUCUUGGACAAUAAAGUGUCCGUCAUGGCUUCUGUCUAUGCUUCUGCUUAAUUCCCAUCUCAUUCUUCUUUGCUAAUUCUCCACAUGUAUCAAAUGUGUUCUAUGUUUCCUUUUGCGACGUCUAUUCUAGCGAUUAUGUUGAUUACCGAUGUGACUGUCCGGGGGAGUUGAUUGGGGGAGUCUGCUUUGCUUGCUGGGGAGACGAACGGCCAUGUAGAGUUGGGGCUGUGUACCAACAUUAUUCAUCUUCGUAAUUGCGAGGCAGCAUUGGGGAUCUAAUGCAAGACUGUACUUUAUGAAUUCACUAUUUGGCCAUUAUCAA